UCUUCUCUGCCAUUAGAGAAUGAGAGGGUUUUUAUCUAUCACCAUUCUCCGUAGUGACACAUGAAAUAUGUGUUCAAAGUUCAUAUAUAUAUCUCUCUUUUUUUGCGAAUGACAAAUUAAACAUGAAUGAUAUAACUGUGAUGUGUGGUUAAAAUAUAUAUAACAAUAAACCAACUGUCGUAUAGGUGAAUGCUCUUUAAAAGCCUAAGCAGUCAUUUGGAAUAAGAAGAAAUAACAAUAAAUCUUUUAAACAUUAAUUUUGCAACAGAUUAAAGAUUUAACUGAAUUCGCACAUGUAUUAUUAAUUACGCCAUUAUUCAAUUAAAAUUUGUUACAAAAUGAACAUUAAACGACAAGAAGAAACUUUGAUGGGUUGGAGCAUUAUGUGGUGGUUGUUUAAAUUAUUCGGACUUCCAAUAACUAUUCCUUGGCUGAUAUAUCACUUUCUUGAUAUUAUGCAGCAAAAACGCAAAAGAGCAGCUCUUAGCAGUAAGGUGAUAAUGAUAACUGGUGCUAGUUCUGGCUUAGGAGAAGCUUUAGCUCAUACCUUCUAUCGUUGGGGUUGUAGACUCAUCUUGGUAUCUCGUAGAAAAGAAGAAUUGGAGAGAGUAAAAAAUGAUUUGAUGAAUACCUAUCAAACAAUUCCAACUCAUCCACCCAUUGUUUUGCCAUUAGAUUUAACUGACAUUAAUAAUAUGAAAGAUGAAGUGUCAAAGGCUAUAAUGGUACAUGGCAGAAUUGAUAUUUUAAUAAAUAAUGCUGGUAUUACAUAUAGAGGCGAAGUUAUUAAUACAAGUGUUGAUGUAGACUUAAAAGUCAUGAUGUCAAAUUAUUUCUCUCAAGUUGCUUUAAGUAAAAUUGUUCUUCCAUUCAUGAUAGAACAAAAAUCUGGCCAUAUAGUUGGUAUAAGUAGUGUACAAGGGAGAAUUGCUAUUCCAUUUAGAUCUGCAUAUGCUGCAUCUAAGCAUGCGUUACAAGCGUGGUAUGAUACCACUAGAGCAGAAUUGUUUGAUAAAAAUAUUAAGAUUACAGUUAUUAGUCCAGGCUACAUUAAAACGUCUCUUUCUCUUAAUGCUUUAACGGAAAAUGGACAAGUAUAUGGAUUAAUGGACAAAACCACUGAGAAUGGUUAUCAACCAGAGUUUGUAGCCGAAUGCAUCUUAAAGUCUGUAUUGAAGCAAGAGAAAGAAGUUACUAUUGCACCAUUUUCCCCAAAGGUUGCUAUAGUGCUUAGAACUUUAUUUCCUUCGCUCUUCUUCUGGAUUAUGCAAAAACGUGCAAAAAAUAAGUAAUAUUAAACUAAUUGUGAAUACUACUUAAUUUAAAUAGGAUAAUUAUUUUUUAAUUGUAAAGUAGAUU